UUUGAAUAGUAAAAGUUUUGCAACAAAUAACCCUUCGACAAUAAUAAAGAGAAAUAUUUGGUAGCAAAGUUGAUAAAAUGAAAUUCCAGUUGACAGUUUUACUAGUGGCUGCUGUCAUGUUGAUGGCAUGCUCUACUUGUAUGGCCCAGGGUGGAGGAGGUGGAGCUCAAGGUGGCGCCCAGGCUGGUAUGGGAGUUGGCAUGGGAGCGGGUGCUGGAGCUGGUGGUGGUGCAGGAGGCCAGGGUGGUGCUCAGGCUGGUAUGGGUGGUGGCAUGGGAGGUAGUGGUGGCGGUGGCGGUGGCGGUGGUCCUGGUGGCCGUUAAAUGCUGCGAUCGAGACAUUUUCUACAUAUUCCCCCAAGUUGACACUUACUGAUUUAAAGUUCCCUAUAAAAUUUAAUAAAUUA